UACUCAUAUACAUUUCUUAAGUGGUAGGUAGGGUUGGGCAGAAUCGAAAUAGUGGUACAACUGUGUCAACUAAUAAAAAUUAAGGAUUAUUUUAGCAUUAAAAGUGCCUUUUUCACACAGUCUUGUAUAUGAGCGCUAUAAUUUGAGUUCUGAAAGCUCUUAUUAUUAUUUUUAAUAUUACAAUUAUUAUACUUUGAAUUAUUCUUCCCCUGCUUUUGUGGGGUGCUUUCGUAAGAAUGGAAAGCCAAGGGCUGGGAGAGACUUCCUCAAUCAUCUCUGCUUAUAUAGAUCCACUUCUGUUUACAUUAUAUUAUAUUAUAAUUACAUAAUCCUGUUGCAAUAGCAACAACUCUGAGAACAGGGUCCUGUACUUGUCUGUCAUUUUCAAGUUCAUCUAAAAUCCUGGUUUAACUGGUUUCAUUGUUUUUGAUUGGAGUUGGAACUAGAGAGAUGUUAGUCAAUAAAACAGGUAAAUGAUUGCAGUGAUGAUGUCACUGUAAUAUUUGCAUACUGAAUUGUGAUUGGUCAGCAGCACACAUAUGCCUGGCAAGAACUGGUCACUCAAAGGAAGCAAACUUUGUCCAGCAAUGCAGUUAUCUUUGUAUUAUUUCAUGGAACUCAUUAAAAGCUCUUUCGUUCUGGGUUAACUAUUGUCUCUAGUGUUUGACACAUUGGAUGUAUUUUCUAAUCAGAACUUCAGAUUUCUCAUUUGAGGUAAAAAAAACAAAGAUCAGCCAAUGUCAAGCCAGAAGUUAAGUGGAUCUUGGCUGUGUCAUUUGGCUAUUGUAGUGACAUUUGCAUGUCUUGUCUUUCUGAGCAUCAUGUUUUUUCAGUCAUCACCUCUGACCAACCAUCGUGCACCAUUAUCUAAACAUAACCAAUCCUCACAAGCACACUGCCCAAAGAUCAACAACUCCCUUCCUGUUGCAAAGGAAGAUAAACCAAUACUUUUGUUAUGGUUCUGGCCUGAAAAUUACUAUUUUGACUUCAGUGAUUGUAAAACAUUUUACAAUUAUGAUGGCUGUGUGCUGACAGAUGAUAGAUCGCUCUACAGCAAUGCAGAUGCCGUCCUUCUUUUCCACAAGUCCAUUAGUUUGGAUCUGUCCAACCUUCCUCCAUCUCCUCGUCCUCCAUUCCAGAAGUGGAUAUGGUUGAAUGUAGAAUCACCAACCAACACACAGAAAAAACCAGGUCUGGAAAACCUGUUCAAUCUCACUCUUAGUUACAGAGAAGACUCUGAUAUUCCUGUACGGUUGCGCUUGACCACAAAUAAGAAAGCUGAGGACUUUGAAAUUCCCAAAAAGGAAAAACUGGUCUGUUGGAUUGUAAGCAACAACAGCCCCCAUACAGGUGUCAAUGCAAGGAACAGAUAUUUCCAAGAUCUUAGCAAGCACGUCAAUGUGCAUGUGUAUGGGAAGGCGUAUGGAACGUUCCUGGAUUAUAAGGACUACUAUUCUACCAUAGCAAGCUGCAAAUUUUAUUUAUCCUUUGAGAAUUCUCUUCACAAGGACUACAUCACUGAGAAGUUCAAUGGGCCCCUUGCAGUAGGUACUGUCCCUGUUGUAAUGGGUCCUGACAGAAAGAACUAUGAAAAAUUUGUUCCUGGUGACGCUUUUAUUCAUGUGGACGACUUCCCAGACGCAAAGUCACUAGCGGAAUAUCUGAAGCAGCUGGAUACGGAUGAUGAUGCAUAUCACAGGUUCUUUAACUGGAGGAAACAUUUGUCUGCAAGGCCUCAUUUAAUACUACAGAAUCAAGAGUUUAUUCUGGCUAUAUGCACUGCCUGUGAUCAUGUAGGAAGACACAAGGAAUAUAGAGAAGCUCAUGAUAUUUAUCAAUGGUUUUUCAACUAAGGUUACUUCAGAUAUAGUUUCAAACUGUGAACACUUUGCGGACGUAUUUUGAUAAUUACUACCUAUGGAUGCUAAAAUAAUCGGUCACCUAAAAAUAAAAAAUAUGUCAUUAUUUACUGACCCUAAUGUUGAUCCUACAGCCUAGCCUAGACGAUUUUUCCAGCAAUUUUCAGGUGUUAGCAUAAUUUACAUUAUCUCCAGCCAGUAGUGAAAGAUGAAGCGUGCAUUAGCAUCUGUCAGCGAGAGGAUUUAAUCCCUUCACUGACAGAAUUCCCUGCAGAGUUAAUGGUUCCAGCUAGAAAUGCCACGAUUAUACGGUUUUACUAUUAACCGCGAUUAAAAAUGUCACAGUAAGAAUUUAGAAUCUAGUUAAAAACCAGUAAAUGCUUAAUGUACACAUGGCAAAAUAUUAUAUAUAAUGUUUACAUUUUUUAUAUAAAUGAGUUUUUCUUAACAUUUUGUAAGCCUAAAUGUGAAAUAUGGAUGUAAAACAAGCAGUCAGAAGUAGACACAUUCUACAAAUGGGCAGGGUUGGGGAGUAACAGAAUACAUGUA